AUGCAGCCAUAUUCGAGAUUUGGUGGGACUAGAAGGUGCUUUUACGAGUUUCAGCUUUUGGUGAAUUGUCAUACGUCGGCGGAUGUGAAAUCAAAAAAACAGUGUUUACCAGCAUUUGACGAUUAUAAUGAGUGUCUACAUGGAUUGAAAGAACGUUCAAAGGCAAGAACUAUGGCAGAACAGUUGGCUGAAAAUGAAAAGUCGGGUAAAGGUAUAACUGCUAAUGAGUUGUAUAAGAAGGGAAAUCAGAUAUACGAGAAUUUGAAUUUGGUGAGUGAAACCAAGUAG